UUGCCCUCAUAUUCUUUCUUUGUUUCUUUCUUUGUUAUUCUCUGCGUCUUUCAUUUAUCUCAUUCUUUUUCUUUUUAUUGCCAUCUUAUUCUUUCUUGCUUUCUUCCUUCCUUUCUUUCACAUUCUCUGGGACUAUUAUAUAUUUUUCUCUUUUUUUAUUUAAUGCUCUCUAAUUUUUUUUUCUUUCUUUCUCUCUUUUCUCAUUCUCUAUGUCUUUUAUUUAUCUUACUAUUCUAUUUGUUACCAUCUCAUUUUCUUUCUUUCUUAUUCUGUGGGUCUAUUAUUUAUCUUACUCUUUUUCUAUUUAUUGCCGUCUCAUUCUUUCUUAUUCUCAAUGUUUAUUAUUUAUCUUACACGUUUUCUUUCUUUUUUCUUUCUUUCUUUCUUUCUUUCUUUCUUAUUGUUUGUGUCUUUUAUUUAUUUUACUCUUUUUCUAUUUAUUGUUCUAUUAUUCUUUCUGUGUAUUUUAUUUAUCUAUUUUUUAUUUCUUGCCUUCUUUCUUUCUUCUGUGGGUCUAUUAUUUAUCUUUUUUUCUUUUUUUUUUUUCUUUCUUUCUUUCUUUCUUUUCUUUCUUAUUCUUUUGUAUCUUUUAUUUAUCUUACUAUUUUUCUAUUUAUUUCCCUCUUAUUCUUUCUUUCUUAUUCUCUGUGUCUUUUAUUUAUCUUGCACUUUUUUCUAUUUCUUGCCCUCUUAUUUUUUCUUUCUUUUUUUUCUUUCCUUCUUAUUCCAUGGGUGUAUUAUUCAUCAUACUCUUUUUCUCUUUAUUUCUCUCUUAUUCUUUCUUUCUUUCUUUCUUAUUCUCUGUUCCUAUUAUUUAUCUUACACUUUUUCUUUUCUUGCCCUCUUAUUCUUUCUUUCUUUCUUUCUUAUUCUGUGGGUCUAUUAUUUAUCUUAUUUUUUCUCUAUUUAUUGUCUUCUUAUUCUUUCUUUCUUUCUUUCUUAUUUUUUGUUGACCUCUUAUUCUUUCUUUGUUUCGUUCUUGUUCUGUGUGUCUAUUAUCUGUAUUACUCUUUUUCUAUUUAUUGCUCAUGCAUUGUCUCUUUCUUUCUUAUUCUCUGCAUCUAUUAUUUAUCUUACACUUUUUGA